GGAUCCAAGCUUUUAAAGGCCCGAGGGUCCCCAAAGCAAAAAAAGGCUCCAAAACGUGAUGGUAAACUUCCAAGCCUUUGAUUCCACUUUUUUUCCCUUUUCCCUUUUCCCUACUUUUCCAAAUCCAUCCAGGACUUUCUAUGUUUUCAUGUUUUAUGUUGUAUGUCUUAUUUUGUCUCGAUUCACUGUUUUCUUCAAUCAAGACCCGGCGCUUCACAUUUUCACGUGGUGUCUAGAGGAGGACUUCUACAGAACGACAAGUGCAGUGCCUGCCUCCUCUGAAAGUCGAUAAAGGUCUAGGUAGUCUAAUAAAGUUUCCCAGUCAACAUCCUAAUAUCAACCAUUUCACUAUUCGACUAGCCUCCCAGUUUCCCCUUGUUGUUGCGCAACAAAUCACUUUAUACUUUACUCCAAGCUGCUGUCACUGCGGCAGAUUCCACUCUAUCUACCUGCUGUCAAGUGAAUACAACCUUAAUUACUAUGAUUCGGCCUUCUUGUGUCAUGCUCUAACAAGUAUCCAUUAGUUCGAUGUCAGCAUUCCCGAACUAAGCCUCUACUCCCUGGCAUUUCAAGUUUUGAAGAACUACUUGAACACAAAGUCAAGAUGUCGGCUGUUUUUUUAACAAAAAGGGCUCAUAAGAAGUCGAGGGCCGGAUGUCAAACAUGCAAGACAAAGAAGAUCAAGUGUGAUGAAGCUAAACCAAAGUGCUCGUUUUGUGAAAUCAGAAAGCUUUCUUGUCAAUACGUACAAAAGGUCGCCAAGGUGAAUGAUACUACUAGUCUAGCGGAACACAACCAAACUACCUCUUUGGUAAAAUCUAGUACUCCUGAUCGGCCUCUUCAACCAGUCGAAAUCUCCUGGGACCCCAGAAAUGCACCAUUCGCGCCAGUGCGUACAGCCACGGGAAUACUUUCCGCGACGGAUCUACGUAUGAUGCAUCAUUAUUCUACAUAUACAGGACCAAUCGUGGCUCUUGGACCCGCAGCAUGCCAUGUAAUGAAAGUGACUGUGCCAUCUCUUGCCUUUGACAAUCCAUUUUUAUUGAAUGGAAUGUUGGGGCUGGCAUCUCUCCACAAUCAGCACCUGCUUCCACAAAGCGAAGAACAUAAACGGCAAACAGCUCUUUACCGUGGAAAGUCAUUUCGUGAUUAUCGCGCUGCAUUAGCGACCGUUACCAAGGACUCAAAGAAUUACGAAGCAGUUCUUGUAAUGGCAUUACUUCUUGUAGUGCUUGCCUCGGGAGACCGGGGUGAUAACGAUGAGCUCACGGUAGCAAGCUGGAUGGGUUUAUAUAGCGGAUUGCGUAUUAUUGUUUCGAUGAAAACCCCAGAUGGAGGCCCAAACACCACUACUUCUGUUGGUCCACUGUUCGUCCGGAACAUUAAUGAUUUACUCGCUACUCCGGUGGUCCCAUCUGCUCUAUUACACAUGCUAUAUAUGGAUCCUUCUGACCAAGAUCAUGAGAAUUUGCAGGUGUAUUGCGGAACUUUGGAUGCUUUAGGCAAUCUUUAUGCAAGUCUUCGUCAAGACGAACUUAGCGAACCUUUGUUCAUUCGUAUAAUCUCGUGGCCAUCUUUCACGCCUAACGAAUUCACAGCUUUAGUAAAAAACAAACGGCCUAGGGCACUGGUUAUCUGUGCGUACUAUAUGUCCUUUAUCAAACUCGUUUCUGGACUUUGGUGGCUUGAGGGUUUAGCAGAUCGUGAUAUUCGCGCCAUCACUAACAUGCUGGGCCCCGACUGGAAUCAUGUACUGGAUGUUCCGCUGGAAAUAUUACAGACACAAGACAAACAUAGGAUCGCCGAAAUACUGCUUCGAUGACCCCCCAUUUAACAUGGGAUGAAAACAUCAAACCUUGAGGAUCCUGAGAUGAUCAAGGUGCAAGAUUGAUAAAACAUGGCUACACAUGUUUGGUGCUUAUUGAAUGGUUAUUAAACCAUACUUCACAUUCAAUCUCACCCCUGGAGUCAAAUCUGUCUUAUGGAGGAGUUGAUACGUUAACAAACAAGUUGAGUAAUCUUGGAGUAUCGAAAAUUUCUCUCACACCACCAAGUCAAUUUCUGUAUAACCGCUGAACAACUUACGCAUGGAGAAACAAAAUUUCCACGGGUUACAAAAACCUUCGACCACA